AUGACCAACCUAGACGAAGCAGGUGCUCAUGAAUUUGCAGCAACCUUUCUUCCACUAUACCAUCAUCCUACCGUCAAAAUUCGAAUAAGCUCUAGCGACUAUGAAUACGAAAUUUCCAAAUACCUCCUUUGCAAGGACUCUACCUAUUUUACGGCAAUGUUUGAAGGUAACUUUGUAGAGAGAGAACAGCAAGUAGCAUCUCUGGAGGAAGUGGAAGGAGUGGUUUCGGUGCGAAGUUUUGAAGCACUCAUACAGUGGCUAUACAUGUGCAGGGUCCAAUUCGAUUCCGAAGACCCAGAAGAUCAAAUAUCGACUAUUAUAGAGCUCGUCAGGUUUGCAGAUAUGUGCAAUAUUACAGGGAUGGAAUCCCAAAUGGCUCAGUAUAUCAAGGAUAUACUUGUUGCCAGUCCCAAAGACGAGAACCUCUGUCGACAUAUCGAUACCAACACCUAUUACCUCACACGACAACACAUUAUUUGGGCAACAUUUUUGCCCCCAGGGCAUUUAGUGCGUCGCACCCUAGCGGCAGCCUCGGUUGAAGGAUAUCUUCGAGGCGAAGACUACAAAUUUGAGCAGGAAACCCAUGAAUAUCCCAGCUUCGGAGCUGACCUACUUCAAGAAGUGAGGUCAAUACUAGAUGGACUCAAUGUCAUAUAUGGGGAAGUCACACUUGAAGACCCUAUCAGUGGAACAAAAAUAAGUAUCAACCUUGAUCUGGACUUUUAG